CCCAACCUUGCACUGCGGUAUCCGCAGCUCGCCUGCUCCGAUGUUGGCUUCCCACGCUCUCCUCCAACAGCUCUCUCUCCCUCCCCGCCCUCGCCCUUUCCAAUUCUCCUCCUCCUACUCCCCCCCGCUGCUCUCUCUCAGAGCUCUCUCCUGCUUCAAACCCCUCGCCCGCCCCUUCACCGCCAGCGCCGGCGCCGGCAGCGACUACAACCGGCUAAUCCAGUCGCUGUGCACGCAGGGGCACCUCGCCCAGGCCAUGCAGCUCCUCCCCCACGAGCGCAAUCCCUCCCAGCGCACCUACGAGGCCCUCAUCCUCGCCUGCGGCCGCCACAACGCCCCCUCCCACGCCGCCGCCGUCCACCGCCACCUCAUCGACCAUGGCCUCGACCAGGACCCCUUCCUCUCCACCAAGCUCAUCGAUAUGUACUCCCAUCUCGACCGCCUCAACAACGCCCGCUACGUGUUCGACCGAACGCGGGAGAAGACCAUCUUCGUGUGGAACGCCUUCCUGAAGGCCCUCGCGCUAGCCAACCAGGCCGAGGAGGCCGUCUCCCUCUUCCGCGAGAUGGGCGUGCCCAUGGACAGCUUCACCUACUCCUACGUGCUCAAGGCUUGCAUCGCCUCCUCCUCUCACCCAUCUGCGGCUCCCCACAGAGUCAAACAGAUCCACGCCCACGUCUGUCGCCAUGGGUUCGCGUCCCGGGUCUAUGUGGUCACCACUCUCAUCGAUUGCUACGCGAAGCUCGGUUCUGUCACGUACUCCGAACGAGUCUUCAACGGGAUGAUCGAGCGGAAUGUGGUGUCGUGGAGUGCCAUGAUUUCUUGCUAUGCAAAGAAUGAGAGGCCCUUCGAUGCGCUGGAACUCUUCAAAGAGAUGAUGGUGACGGAACCUGAGACUGUUCCCAAUGCUGUCACGAUGGUGAAUGCUCUUCAAGCUUGUGCUGGUUUGGCUGCAUUGGGACAAGGAAAGGUUUUUCAUGCUUACAUUCUUAGGAAUGCGCUUGACACUGUUUUGUCUGUCGUAAAUGCUUUAAUUGCCAUGUACUCAAAAUGCGGAAGUUUUGAGAUGGCUCGCCGAACUUUUGACAGGAUGAGUGAUCGCAGGGAUGUUGUGACAUGGAACUCUAUAAUAUCAGCUUAUGGUAUUCAUGGAUUUGGUGAGAAGGCAAUCCAAGUUUUUCAUGAUAUGAUCAGUGCUGGAGUAUCACCAAGCCCCAUUACAUUUGUGAGUGUCCUGGGGGCUUGCAGUCAUGCUGGACUCAUCGAUGAGGGGAAGAGCUUCUUCGAGUCAAUGUCCCGGGAACAUGGCAUCUUGCCUCGCUCUGAACACUAUGCUUGCAUGGUUGAUCUACUUGGUCGUGCAGGACAACUAGAUGAAGCAGUAAAGAUAAUAGAAGGAAUGCGAAUUGAGCCAGGUCCCACAGUCUGGGGUUCUCUACUGGGAGCGUGUCGGGUCCACUGCAAUGUGGAGCUUGCAGAGAGAGCAUGUGUCCGUCUUUUCGAACUUGAACCAGUAAAUGCAGGGAAUUAUGUGCUCCUAGCAGAUAUAUAUGCAGAAGCCAAGAUGUGGGAAGAGGUGACCAGAGUAAAGAAGCUUUUAGAAACCAAGGAACUGCAGAAGGUGCCUGGUUGCAGCUGGAUUGAGGUGAAGAAGAAGAUGUACUCAUUUGUAUCUGUCGAUGAAAUGAACCCACAGAUUGAGCAGCUACAUGCUUUGCUUGUUCAGCUGGUGAAUGAGAUGAAGAACAAUGGGUAUGUUCCAAACACCAAAAUUGUCCUCUAUGAUCUUGAACUGGCAGAAAAAGAGAGGAUCUUACUGGGACACAGUGAAAAAUUGGCUGUUGCAUUUGGGCUCAUAAACAGUGGCAAUGGUGAGGUAAUUAGGAUCACAAAGAACCUUAGAUUGUGUGAGGACUGUCAUAGUGUCACAAAGUUUAUCUCAAAGUUUUCAAAGAGAGAGAUUCUCGUUAGAGAUGUGAAUCGGUUCCAUCAUUUCAAGGAUGGUGUCUGCUCAUGUUCAGAUUAUUGGUAAUAUGAGUUGGUGAAUAUCUAAGUAGAAAAUUCACAAGCGUGCCAAAGUAAUUCACAGUACAACAUCCACUGGUGACUUGAGCCUAUACUGGGCCGAAUGCUGGAAUCUUGGUUUUGGUUUAUGAUCAUUGUGUAUCGAUCACUAAUCUAGUUAGGAGGCAUCAUAAGCAUGUAUUUCAAGAAAAAGGUAAAAAAAAUUGUGGGGUCUGGAAUCAGAAGUUAACAUAAUCCUUUGUACCUUGCGACAUAAUAGUUCAGAAAGAGUGAACAGUCUCUAUCCCUCAAGCAAGCGGAGAAAGAAAAAAGUGAAAAAACAAAACCAGAUGAGGAAGAUUUGCAGCAUGGAGGUCCAAAGAAUGACUGAGAAGCUAUCAAAGGUGAUGAAGAUGGAAUCAAAGCUUCACUUUGCUUCUCUAGUACUUGUGGAAUGGAACUUGCUUUUGCUGUGCAUCAGAUGACAAGCGCAGUGCCCAGUUUGAUGUCCCAGAUGUAGUAGGUUUAUGAAGUAGAUAAGCUGUCAUCUUCCUUAGAUUACUAAGACUUGUAUCAGCUGUUUAAACCUCAAUAAAAUGUUUGCAAUGAUUUCUUGAUAUGCAGAUGAAUUAUCU